UGGUAUGUUUCCAACAAGCAAAUUAAAUUUCAUAAUUUCAAUUUGUGUAAUUCUAUGGUUAAUGGAAACACAACUAAUGUUUGGUGAGAUGAAGUGACACAUUAAUAAUCAGGGUUUUCUGAUGCAAAUAUUGCUGAAUUGCGACAUUGUAAGCAACUUAAACGGUGCAACUGGAGAAUUUAAUGUAAAAAUGAAAACUAACAAAAACUAAGGCAGCAAAAUACGAGUCGUGUAACAGAACGUAACAAUAAAGGGAGCUGAAAACAGCCAGGGUGACAUAUUUUUUUUCAAAAGGUCUAUAUGUAAUUUUUUUUUUUUAGAUCUUUUCCUUCCACAUCUAAGAGUACGGCGCCCCCUAUUGACCAGCUGCCACUGAAUGACCAAAGCCAAAGGAACUCAGAAUAUAUUACACAAACUGCUUUAACUAUUUGAUUUCUGGUUUUUAGUUUUUGCAGAAUGGCAUCAAAAGCAGUUCAGAUGGUAUGUGUGACCCUCGGGGUCAUCGGCCUAAUUGGGGUCAUCACCUGUUGUGCCAACCCUAGAUGGAAAAUGACAGCUUUCAUAGGAGCGAACCUUGUGACUGCACAGGUCAUUUAUGAAGGUCUAUGGAUGAACUGUGUGACACAAAGUACUGGACGAUUGCAGUGCAAAGUGUACGACUCUGUGAUGGCGUUACCCUCUGACCUUCAGGCUGGCCGGCUCAUGACGGUCAUCAGCUGCAUCCUGUGUGGUCUCAGCCUCAUCACCCUGUUCUUUGGUUCUGACUUGACCAGAUGUUUUCAGAACCAAGGCACCAAGCCCAAACUCAGACUGGUGGCCGCAGCGGGCCUGCUGCUAGCCAGCCUGCUGGUGAUCAUCCCGGUCAGCUGGUCAGCAUAUACCGUAAAAAGAGAUUUCUACAACCCUGCACUAAUGUCAGCCAUAAGGAGAGGAAUUGGAGUGAGCAUCUAUAUCGGCUGGGCAGCCGGUGCACUGUUGAUCCUGACUGGAGUUCUGCUCUGCUGCUUCAGCAGACCCAGAUCCAGCAGCUCUGGUGAAACCAUCAAAUACAACAGAGCUUCAGGUCUAAAUGACAUGAUAAUUUAGAGGUUUUAUGGAAGGGACUGGUGUCCAAAAGACAGAUAGACAAGGAGGUUGAUUUGGUACAAACUGGGACACCAGAGAUUAUAAAUACUUUAUGCUAAUAACUCGAUCUGAUUAUUGUUUUCAUAUUUUUUCUGUUGGUGCUCAAAGGAUUGUACUUUGCACAUUUUUAUUUCAAACAUUUUUUAAGGUCU